AUGGAAAUGUUAUUGAAGAUUUGGGUAGUAAUAAUAAGUUUUAUAAGUAUAGUUCCAUUAUUCUUAAUAGCUCAAAACUCUCCAAAAGAUUAUCUUAAAGCUCACAACGAUGAACGUGUAAAAGUUGGAGCUAAGCCACUGAAGUGGGACCCACAGCUUGCAUCGCUUGCUCGCAAGUUUGUGAAGAAACACAUUUUUGACUGCAAGAAGGGGAUUUUUGAUACGACCUUUGCUGGUAAUACAUAUGGCCAAAGCAAUGCAUAUAAUCUAGGAUCCAGAUCAGGUGUUGAUGCUGUGAACGCAUGGCUGUUGCAGAAAAUAAACUAUGACUAUAAAUCCAACACUUGCAUUGAUGGGAAUAAUCCUAGAGAUAUGAAUAAUAAUGUGAAUUUAGAAGAGAAUGUUCCUCAUAUAGUUCGAUGUGAUCAAAAUGCUGAUGAUGUAUUGGAUAAGAUUCGUGUUAAUCAAUGA